AUGGCUGAGGGGAAGCUCAGUCGAGCGGUUCUCCUCCGGCAGGCUCUCGCCGGCCGUUGGUUCAUGGUCUUCGCUUGCCUCCUCAUCAUGUCCAUGUCCGGCGCGACCUACAUCUUCGGCAUAUACUCCACCGACAUAAAAAAAUCCCUCGGUUACGACCAGACCACCCUCAACCUCAUCGGCUUCUUCAAAGACCUCGGCGGCAACAUCGCCAUCGCCUCCGGCGUCAUCAACGAGUUCACUCCUCCUUGGGUCGUCCUCGCCAUCGGCAUGGCCAUGAACUUUUCCGGCUACUUUCUCAUCUGGCUCGCCGUCGCCGGCAAAAUCCACCGACCGCCCGUCUGGCAAAUCUGCGUCUACAUCUGCAUCGGCGCAAACUCACAGACCUUUUCCAACACCGGCGCCCUCGUCACUUGCGUCAAGAACUUCCCCCAAAGCCGUGGCGUAGUCAUCGGCCUCCUCAAGGGCUUCACCGGCCUUAGCGGCGCUAUCAUGACGCAAAUCUUUCACGCGCUCUACGGACACGACUCGAAAGCACUUAUCCUCCUCAUCGCAUGGCUUCCCGCCGCCGUAUCCUUCGUUUUUCUCCGAACCGUCCGACUCAUGAACUCAGGCGGAAGCCGGCCGGAAAACGACCUCCGCGUAUUCUACCACUUACUCUACAUUUCGCUCGGCCUCGCCGGGUUUCUGAUGGCUCUGAUCAUCCUACAAAACAGCGUCGUUUUUACACGAGCCGAAUACAUCGUUAGUGCCACCGUCGUCGUUAUUCUCCUCUUCACUCCGCUUGCGAUUGUCUUGAGGGAACAAAUCAAGUCCUCCGAGACGAUGGAGACGACUACUCAUAGUCGAAACCAGAUAAAUAUCGUGACCCAUGACGAUACUCAUACUCAUGCUAACACCAACCCAACUCAUGUGAAACCUAGCCUCGUUCCGUGGUGGAAGGACGUGUUCCGGCCGCCGGAGCGCGGCGAGGACUACAACAUCCUGCAGGCGGUUUUCAGCAUCGACAUGAUAAUUCUGUUCACGGCGAUCACGUUUGGGAUCGGUGGCACGUUGACGGCGAUCGACAACUUGGGCCAGAUAGGGAAGGCGUUGGGGUACCCGAGCAAGAGCGUGACAACAUUCGUCUCGCUCGUGAGCAUAUGGAACUAUCUCGGACGGGUGGCCUCGGGAUUCGCGUCGGAGGUUUUCCUGGCGAAGUACAAGAUCCCGAGGCCCGUGAUGCUGACGGGGGUACUGCUCGUGUCGUGCGCGGGACACCUGCUGAUAGCGUUUGGUGUCCCGAACACGCUGUACCUCGCGUCGGUGGUGACAGGGUUCUGCUUCGGGGCGCAGUGGCCGCUCGUGUUCGCGAUCAUAUCGGAGAUUUUCGGGCUGAGGUACUACUCGACGCUGUACACGUUGGGCGGUGGGGCGAGCCCUUUGGGAGCGUACAUACUGAACGUGAGGGUGACGGGGAAGCUGUACGAUUGGGAGGCGACGAGACAGCUGGCGGAGAGAGGGGUCGUGAGAGGGGUCGGGGAGGAGCUGACGUGCGUGGGGGUCGUCUGCUACAAGAAGGCGUUUCUGAUAAUCACGGGGGCCACGAUGAUCGGGUGCCUCGUCUCGUGUGUGCUCGUUGUCCGGACGAGGAAGUUCUACCGAGGGGAUAUUUAUAAGAAGUUUAGAGAGGAUAAUGAGCAUCAACAGCAGCAGCAACAGAUGCAGAUGCAGCAGAUUGAAGAUAGGAAGUGA